GUAUUUAAGCUCAUUCUGCCCCGUUUGGGCACAAACUUUUUUAGGUUUUUAUCGUCUUCUUCGUAAAAGGUUUUACUGGAGGUGAAGAUGAGGCCUAUUUUUGUUGGGAACUUUGAGUUUGAUACUCGUCAGUCAGAACUGGAACGGUUUUUCUCCAAGUAUGGAAGAAUAGAGCGAGUCGACAUGAAAUCUGGGUAUGCUUUUGUCUAUUUUGAGGAUGAGCGAGAUGCAGCAGAUGCAAUCCGUGGGACUGACAACAUGCCAUUUGGUUAUGAAAGGCGCCGGCUGUCCGUGGAAUGGGCAAAAGGUGAACGUGGUAGGCAUCAUGAUGGCCCCAAGUCUGGUGGAAACCAGAGACCAACCAAAACAUUGUUUGUAAUAAAUUUUGACCCUAUUCGUACUAGGGUCCGAGACAUAGAAAAACACUUUGAACCUCACGGCAAAGUCCUUCAUGUUCGCAUCCGCCGCAACUUUGCAUUUGUGCAGUUUGAAAAUCAGGAAGAAGCCACAAGAGCUUUGGAGUGUACACACAUGAGUAAGGUCCUGGAUAGAGUGGUUUCUGUGGAGUAUGCAUUGAAGGAUGACGAUGAGAGGGGGGACAAAUAUAACAGCCCAAGACGAGAUUAUGGCAGGCAAAGAGAUAGUCCUUAUCGAAGGUCACCAAGCCCAGUGUAUCGUAGGAACCGACCAAGUCCUGAUUAUGGCCGACCUCGGAGUCCUGUUCAUAAUGGUCCAUCAUAUGACAGAUACAGGAGUCCACAGUAUGGAAGGUAUCGCAGCAGGUCUCCUGUCCGGAGGUCUUGAACUUGAGUCAGUUCAUUAUCUGGGAGAGCUUGUGCUGUCAUAAUGUAAAUGCUUGAUGCAGUCUGCUUGUGUAGGAGAAAGAUCUAUCUUUUAUCAGUGUAAUGGAUUAGCUGUUGCGUUUUGUUGCUUUAACUUAGUUGACUGUAGUUUGUGGAUUUAGCUGUUGGAACAUUGUGUAGUAGUAGUAGUAUCUCAUUGCCUAUGAAUGUUGGAGACCAUUUGGUAUUAGCUCAUAGAUAGGUUUGGUUGGAAACUUUUGCUCAAGUACGUAAAUCUGAAAUGCGAUAAAAAGGGGAUCCCUACAAUGAUCCUUUUUUUAAGUUGCUCUAUUUGUUCUACUA